AUGCAAGCUUCAGCCCGGGUCGGACCGACUGGCACAGCAGUGACCUGUGAGACGAGUCUUCUUUGCCACGAUGAGACCACGCUGUUGGAAUACAGUUACGUGCCUGGCAAUGGCAAUGCUGCUGUAUUUCGCACCCCCAUCGCCAUCGGCAGUCAAUUGCCGCCAUCGCACCCUCACACCCCCGUCGGCUCUUUUGCCAACCCUCCACGCCCACCCUUUGCCGAUCCUCCACACCCACCCUUUGCCGAUCCUCCACGCCCACCCUUUCCCAACCCUCCACGCCCACCCUUUGCCGACCCUCCACGUCCGCCCUUUGCCAACCCUCCACGCCCACCCUUUCCCAACCCUCCACGCCCACCCUUUGCCGACCCUCCACGUCCGCCCUUUGCCGACCCUCCGCGCCCUCCUCUGCCGCCCAACGGCUCUAUUCCCAGUGAGCCCCCUACUGCAAGUAGAGGCCCAGCUAGAACCACCACCGCUGGCACAAGAUCAAGCGCAAAGUGGGACGACGAUCUCACAGCGGACCUUCUCCGCUGUGUCAUAGCAGCCAUGCGGGAUGCAGGCAGGGCUACCUUUGCCAAAGUGCAGUGCUGGGAUGCUGUGUUCGCCCGAUGGAAUGCUCAGCAUGCCGACCUCAACUUCACAGAAUCGCAGCUGCGAAACCGGCUCAACGCGGUGAAGGCGUGGGUGAAAGACAUCAGGCAACUCAAGUCAAGGGUCCGCCCGGGAGUGACUUGGAACCCCGCUACCGAUCGCUUCGACCCGCAUUCCAUGGUUCGUGAUACUGAUAAUAUCACGAAGCAUGGCAAAUGGGAUGAUUAUAAACGGUGGGUCUACCACACCGCACCGUGGCUUAGCCUUGGCGAGCAGGUUGUACCCAAAUCCAGGUCCCGUGGCAGCAGCUACGCAUUGGCGACAGGGGAUGGCGACAGGUAUGACUCUGACGGCCCAGGUGGAGACGACCCCUCGAGUGGGGAUGAAGUGGCGGAUGCAGCGUAUAAUAGAGGCCGGCAGCGCCGCCGGCUGGGACUUGAGCAGAGCAGUCCUCACCCGUCUGUGCCUUCAAUGGCCACCAGAUCCCAUCCUCCUGCAUCCGCAUCCCCACCCCCCGCUCCUGCAGCAUCCCCCAUUCCCCCACACGCUGCAUCCCCACCCCCCGCUCCUGCUGCAAGCCCCACUACCGCACCCGCUGCACUCCCGUCCAUUGCAAGUAGAGACCCAGCUAGAACCACCGUCCAUAGCACAAGGUCUUUCCCAAUGUGGAACGAUGACCUCACAGCCGACCUCCUCCGCUGUGUCAUAGCGGCCAUGCAGGAUGCAGGCAGGGCUCCCUUUGGCAAAGUGCAGUGCUGGGAUGCUGUGUUCGCCCGGUGGAAUGCCCAGCAUGUCGAUUUGAACUUCACGGAAGCGCAGCUGCGAAACCGGCUCAACGCGGUGAAGGCGUGGGUGAAAGACAUCAGGGAACUCAAGUCGUGGGUUCGAGAAGGUGUGAACUGGGACCCUGCACGCGACUUCUUCGACCCGAGUACCAUGGUUCGUGAUCUCGAUAUCCCUCCGCGUAAAUGGGAUGAUUUUAAACGGUGGCUCACCCACACCGCACCGUGGCUUAGCCUUGGCGAGCAGGUGUCUCGUCAUGGUAGCCACGCAUGCACCACCACAGGGGAUGGCGACAGGUAUUACUCAGACGACCCGGGUGAAUACGACCUCUCGAGUGGGGAUGAUGAGGCGGAUGCAGCGUACACUAGAGGUCGGCAGCGCCGCCGCCCGGCACUUGAAAACAGCAGUCCGCACCAGUCUGCUGCUGCAGCAGCAAGCCCCAAUCCCGCACCCGCAGCAUCCCCUGAUCGCGCACAGCCCGCCCUCCCCCCUUAUGCCUUCCCCUCGCCCUCCCUCCAUCCGCCCCCCCUUGAUCUCCCCGUCCCCCCCUCGCACGCGAACACCUACGAGCUUGGGUUGCUGGGCAAUGGAUCGACAGGGACAGGUACAGGCGCGGGCGUGGGCACGGGCACAGGUACAGACGCGGGGUUGCGCGAACGGCGGGAGCGGUGGGAACAGGCAUUGAAAAGCGGCAAGUGGCGGCCGAUGUGGGACAACGAGCAGACAACAGCUCUUUUGGAGAUCAUUCGCGACGUGCUGCGCGCUCAGGGCACCCCUCUCCCCGGCAGGAUCGAGGACUGGGGGGCGGUGCACCGCGAGUGGUUGAGGCGGGGGUUACCACGGUACUCAAAGGAGCAGUUGAGAAUUCGGUGCAGUUCGGUGCGCGGGUGGGUGAAGGAUAUUCAGUUUCUGCAGGAGCUGCUACCGCCUGAAGUCACCUGGGACCCCACCACUCAGCCCUUCAACCCCGACCCCGAGCUGGGCAUCAGCCUGUGGCUGAAACAACAUGGGCAGUGGGAGCACUACAGGCGGUGGUGCAAGCACACGGCGCCCUGGCUGCCCCUCGCUCUGCUCAACGCCCACACUUGCCCUGCUGAGGUUGAGUGGGAGGAGGAGGACGAGGAGGAGGCGGAUUGGGGAGAAGGGGAGGGAGAGGAGGAGGAUGUGGAAGAGGAGGAAGAUGAAGUGGUGGAGGUGCGGGCAGGUGGGGAGGGGAAUGGGGAGGCGGAGGAGGAGGCUGAGGAGGUGGAGCGGGGAGAGGGAUGGGGCGAUGGGAGCCGAGUGCGGCGAGUGGCAGGGAGGUAUAGUGAUGGAUCAGGAAGGAAUGUGCGGCGGCGGGGAGACAGAGAGGGGGUGGAGGCACGGGGGCCGAGUGGAGAGCGGUGGAGGGGUGGAGAGUUGGAUGGUGAUGAGUGGUUGGGGACGUGGAGGAUGGAUGCGUUGCAACAGGCUGCACAGGGAGGGGGUGUGAGGAGCAGAGAGGGACGAGAGGGUGUGGAAGGGCGUGGGGUUGGGAGUGGCGGGGGCGGGGCUGCACAGGGGAAUGGUGGAGUCGACUGUGCAGCUGACGCUCCGCGGGUCAAUGGUGUUCCGCGUGCUGACGUGGCUCGUGCUGAUGGGACUGGUGGUGCGAGUGCGGAUGAGAGGGACGAGUACCCUGCGAGGCUGGCAGCGCGGAUCGCUGGCAUGGCGGCGAGCAGGAGGGAGCAAGGGGAUGGAAGAGGAGGAAACGCAAAUGCAUGGCGCGGGGUUGGAGCUCCUGAGGGACAGAAUAGGGGGGAGGAGAGGCAGGGAGGGGGGCGAGAGGAGGAGGGGAGAAGGGGGAGGGGUGUGAAGCGGUCGAGGCCGGUGUGGGUGCAGGUGAGGGAGAGGAAGCGGCAGCGGCGGGUGAUGGAGAGUGUGGCGCGUGCCCUGAUUGUGUUCCGGGGCAAGGCGAAGAAGGGGCAGACACACGUGUACCGAGACGCGGUUGCGGACAGCGUGGUGAAGGCGGUGCAGGACGUGCAGGCGCUGCCCUCCCUGACGGACGAGCAGCGCGUGGCGGCCAUCGAUGCCUUCUUGCAGCGCCCCCUCGAUGCCCACGCCUUCAACGCCAUGCGCCCCGCCCUGCAGACCCUCUUUGCUCUGCGUGCUCACGCCCAGGCCGUUGACCGGCAGCUGGCAGGGAUUCAAGCUGCUGCUGCUGCUGCUGCUGGGGGGGGAGAUGGGGCGCUCACAGACCAGCUCCUUGCCCCGCUGGCCGGCGUGCAGGCAGCCUCUGCUGCUGGAGGGGAUUCGCCCCUGACUGACCAGCUCCUUGCCCCUCUGCAGGGCGUGGCUGCCGGUGUUGGGGUAGCGAGGGGGGAAGUGGCGAGCGGAGCGGGGAUGGGGGGGUUGGGUGGGGUGGGGGAUGUGGCGGGGAUGGGCGCAGGGGGGGUGGGAUUUGGGGGGAACGGGGUGGGGGGGAUGGCGACAACGGGUGUGGGAGCAGCAGGGAUCGGAACAGCAGGGAUGGGAACAGCAGGGGUGGGAGUGAGAAGCAUGUGGAUGGCUGAAACUCGUAGAGGGGGAAUGGGAUCGGGGAUAACUCGGAUGGGGGAAACAGGGUUCGGUUGGAGGGGUUUGGGAACGGUAGGAGAAACGGGAGCGGAGAUGGCAGAAGGUGGGAGUGUGGGUGUGGGAAUGGCAGCAGCGGCAGUAGCAGCGGCCUCAGCAGGAGGAGCGAGGGGUGUACAGGGUGUGGGCGGGGGAGGAGGAGGGCCUGGGGUGGGAGGAGGCGGAGGGGUAGGAGGGGCAGAGGGGGUAGGAGAAGCAGCUGGGGCAGCAGGAGCAGCUGGGUUGGGUGGCACAAGUACGUUGGGCAACGUAGGUGGGACGGGCGGCACAGGUGGGUUGGGCGGUACACAAGGGGCGGGCAGCACGGCAGGGCUGCAGCUGCUGGGGCAUCGCGUGCAGGAGUUUCUGCGACAGAACCUGGGAGCAGUCAACGCCAGUCAAGGGGCAGUCAAUGCUGGUCAAGGGGGGGUGGCUGGUACUCCAGUGGUGGUCAACGGAAUCCAAUGCGAGUGCCCUGAGUGUGUGGCUGCUAGAAUGCGUCAAGGCACAGUCAACGCAAGUCAACAGAUGGCCAGUACGGAUCAACAGGCAGUGAAUGCUGGUCAAGGGGCAGUCAAUGCUGGUCAAGGGGCAGUCAAUGCUGGUCAAGGGGGGGUGGCUGGCACUCCAGUGGUGGUCAAUGAGCAUCAACGCGAGUGCCCUGAGUGUGUGGCUGCUAAAUUGGCGGCCAGUAUGCGGCAAAGGGCUGUUAAUGGGAGUCAACCAGUGGUCAAUGCGAGUCAACCAGUGGUCAAUGCGAGUCAACCAGUGGUCAAUGCGAGUCAAACAGUGGUCAAUGCGGAUCCGACGAAGAGAGUGGCAGCGAAUCAGGCGGAGACAGCUGUCGGCGAAUUAGGGUUCGGUGCAGGUCGUGUGGGGACGGCUGCUGUGCUACAGACAAGAAAUGGUGGUCCAUCUCCAGUCAACGCUGGUCAAGCACCAGUCAACGCUGGUCAAGAAACAAGAAUUGCCGGUGAAGGAGAAGACAAUGCAGGUCAAGGGGUGGUCAAUGCAGGUCAAGGUGGGGAGUUGAGUAGUGAGGAAGAGAAUUUGAGUGCUGGAUGGGAUACGAGUGAGGGCGAGGAGUUGAGUGAGGGGGAGGAGUUGAGUGAGGAGGAGUUGAGUGAGGGAAGGGGAAUUGUGUGUGUGAGGGACAAUGGAGCUAUUGCGUAUGAAGCGGGGGCACUUGAGAAUGAGGGAUUGUGGCACGUCUGA